AUGACAGACACGAUGUCAUUUCAGUAUCCUCCGCCACCGUCACAGAACGGCACAGAUAUGGAUAUCCAACAUUCCGGGUACCUGCCUUAUGCCGUUCCGCCUCCAGGGUCCUCAGGGAUGGAUCUUAGGCACAGCCCAGAUAUGGGCAGAGAUCGAUCGGACUCUUAUCCGUUUGCGACGAAGUCGAAGCGUUCAAUGUCUGCAUCACAAACAAGUCAACCGCCGCCCACCCCGCGAGAUCCAACGACGCCCGACCAAGGUCUGCUUUCGGGAGAGAAAAGAAGGAACAAACUAGGGUAUCAUCGGACCUCUGUGGCAUGCGGACAUUGCCGUCGCAGGAAGAUUAGGUGUAUUCCAUCCCAGAACGACAUACAGGCUCGAUGUGUCAACUGCAUUCGCCUGAAGAAAGAAUGCACCUUCUACCCAGUGGACCAACAACCCUCGCAAGAAACCCGACAAAAGUCGGCACAACGGUCUUCUACUGGGCCUAAGAUCACGUCCACAUCUUCAUCACCGGCGAUACAGAGCGGGGCCCUCUCAGAAGUUCACAGUCAUUCAAGUUAUCCGCAUUUGUCAUUAGCAUCAAUCACGAACAUGCCACCCCCCAUGAAGCCUUCGGGUAGGGAAGAGUACACCCCAGAUCCCAAGAUUCCCCCAAUUGCCACAAGCACUAGAUCCUACGAAUUUGGCCAUCAUGGCAUGGCCAACUGGAUUUCCCAUGACGCCGGUCCGAAUACUUCCAAACCGAACGAUAUAAACCCGAAUUGGAGAUCCUACACGAGUGAAUCCCCUAUCACCCCCGCCUUCCCCCCCUACACGCCGCACGCUCCCCAAUCAGCCACUUGGUCAGCAGCAUCCAUGGGCUCCGAAUCCUCGCAGAAUGAGUUAGCAUGGUCAUCAUCCGGUUACCCCGUCCCUUCCUCUCGCUCCAUGUCUUUUGGCGGCGGCGGUGAGGGCAUAGCCAGCCAGCAAUAUCCCCCAGCCUCACAAACGGGCGGUGGCGGUCGCCCUUACGAUCGCAAGUCGUCUGCCAUUUCCAGUGAUAUCUAUCCUUCCCCAAUUGCCAAUAUCAUGCCUGGAAUUGAUACCGUCUCGGGAACAAGUCAGGAUCCCCAUCCGGCCGUCUCAGCUGGAGCUGUUCCCCCGACCGGUUAUGCGUCGUGGCAGCAACCUUAUCAGUAUUCCAAGUCUGCUGAAGGCUAUUCUGCGUGGUAUGGGGAAGGAGGAGACCAGCAGGGCCAUGGGAUGUAG